AGGGACAAAGGAGUGCUGAGUCCCACAGGGCAGCAUGGGCAGAGGGGUGGUAGUCCAGGCCAAAAGCCAAGCUCCUUGCCCAGAGGGAAGCGGCCUCCACUCCCACCCUACAAGGAAGAGACACCUGGGGCCCAAAAUGAGAGCUGCCUGUCAGCUCCUGCCCCAGGCCAGCUCAGCCACACCCUGACACUAUCCAGACAGCCUGCUCUGUAGCUGGUACCUAGGUGUCCCAGCCUACCACCGACUACAACCCGCAGACAUGCAGGGAGCCCCGGUGCUGCUGCUGCUGCUGGGCCUGAGGAUACAGCUGGCCCAUGGUGUCAUCCCAGUGGAGGAGGAGAAUCCAGCCUUCUGGAACCUGAAAGCCGCCGAGGCCCUGGACGCCGCCAAGAAGCUGAAGCCCAUUCAGACCUCAGCCAAGAACCUCAUCAUCUUCCUGGGGGACGGGAUGGGCGUGCCCACAGUGACAGCCACCCGGAUCUUAAAGGGACAGAGGCACCGCAAGCUGGGGCCCGAGACACCCCUGGCCAUGGACCACUUCCCAUAUAUGGCUCUAUCCAAGACAUACAACGUGGACAGACAGGUGCCAGACAGCGCUGGCACUGCCACAGCCUUCCUGUGUGGGGUCAAGGCCAACUACAAGACCAUUGGUUUGAGCGCAGCUGCCCGCUUUGACCAGUGCAACACAACAAGAGGCAAUGAGGUCAUGUCUGUGAUGUACUGGGCCAAGCAAGCAGGGAAGUCCGUGGGAGUGGUGACCACCACCACAGUGCAGCAUGCCUCGCCAGCUGGCACAUAUGCACACACGGUGAACCGAAACUGGUACUCAGAUGCAGACAUGCCAGCCUCAGCGCUGCAGGAGGGCUGCCAGGACAUCGCCACGCAGCUCGUCUCCAAUAUGGACAUUGACGUGAUCCUCGGCGGGGGCAGAAAGUUCAUGUUUCCCAAGGGCACCCCAGACCCCGAGUACCCAAGUGACACCACCCAGAAUGGAACCAGGCUGGAUGGACGCGACCUGGUGCAGGAAUGGCUGGCAAAGCACCAGGGGGCUCGGUAUGUGUGGAACCGCAAGCAGCUCAUUCAGGUGUCCCAGGACCCAGCAGUGACGCACCUCAUGGGCCUCUUCGAACCUGAACACUUAAAUUAUGAAAUCUACCGGGAGCCAGCGCAGGACCCCUCCCUGGUGGAGAUGACAGAGGUGGCCCUGGGCCUGCUGAGCAGGAACCCCCGCGGCUUCUACCUCUUCGUGGAAGGGGGCCGCAUCGACCACGGGCCCCACGCGGGAACCGCUUUCCUGGCUCUGACGGAGGCGGUCAUGUUCGACUCUGCCAUCGACAAGGCCGGCCAGCUCACCAGCGACCAGGACACGCUGACCCUUGUCACCGCCGACCACUCCCACGUCUUCUCCUUUGGCGGCUACACGCUGCGGGGCAGCUCCAUCUUCGGGCUGGCCCCGCUCAAGGCCCAGGACGGCAAGUCUUACACGUCCAUCCUGUAUGGCAAUGGCCCCGGCUACGUGCUGAACUCUGGCGACCGACCCAACGUCACGGAGGUUGAAAGCGGCGCCUACACCUACAAGCAGCAGGCGGCUGUGCCCCUGUCAGAGGAGACUCACGGAGGCGAGGACGUGGCGGUGUUUGCACGGGGCCCGCAGGCGCACCUGGUGCACGGGGUGCAGGAGCAGAACUACAUCGCGCAUGUCAUGGCCUUCGCCGCCUGCCUGGAGCCCUAUGAGGCCUGCGGCCUGGAGCCCCCAGCAGGCCAGAGCAGUGCUGUGGGUCACCGCCCUGUCGCCACCAUAGUGUUGCUGCCCUUUUGGUUGCUGCUGUUGCUGAGGAUUACGCCCUGACACCCAGGCCCUCUGAGGCCCACCCAGAAACCCUGCAGCUGGCAUCUCCCACCAACCGCACCCCCACUACCAGUCCAAAACUGGGCUGCCUAUCCUGAUGCCCCCACCUUUGGCUCUUACCAAGAGACAGAGGGAUAAGGCAGACUCAGACCAGGCAGCACUGCCCAUCCCAGCCCUGGACCCUCCAUGGUCAGGACACUGUGGUACCCCCAAGGCUGAGACAAUGACAUCCACUGCCAUCCCUGGGUUGCUCUUGAACUCCAACCUCAAAUCCUAGGAAAACAGCAAGCUCAGCCACCCAGUCCCUCCUGUGCCUAUACUUGAGAAGGACCAAGUUAGGCACCAGGCACCCUCCACGGGAUCAGGACUCCACCAGACCCACGGGUGCCUUUGCUGGCCUCAGAUUCCACCAGUGGGAUGCCAAAGACUCAGGCAUGUCCUGGAACCAGGAGACCCUGCAUCUCGCUGAUCCACCUCCACACCCAAGCAAACUGCAGAUGGGGCUUGCCCUGUCACUGCAUACAGGGGCAGUCCUGUGUAACCAGCAGCUACAUGUUCACCCCUCCCCAGAGCCAACUCUAGGCUGGAGGAGUGGGACAGGCCACCAGAGUGGCCCUUGGACCCUUUACCUGGACAUCUGGAAGCUGAGUAUAGAUCUCUGAACUAAGAUUUUUCUGCCCUCCUGGGGCCUCCAUUCCCCUGGGAGGGACAAAGCAAUAAACGGUUAUACAACACA